AUGAUGCUCUUGCGUCACGUACUGAGUUUGUUGGUCCUCUCCUUCUGUUUUAUCUGUGGAUGUGUGGGAGCUGCUGCAGAAAGUGACGUUCUUCAGGAAACUGAAUCUACUGUCGAUUGCAGUGAUGGUUCCGAUGAGAGUAAUUGUCGUCGUGAAGAAAAACAACAUCUUGCUGCAAGUGAUCCACCUGAUAUUGGAACGUCUAGGGCUCCUGAUACUAACACUGAGUUGAACCAGGAGCUGAGUGAGCAAAUGGAGCAAAAAGAACAGGGGAGAAUGCAAGAAGGUGACAGAAUACCAGGUCGACCUGAAGGAAAUAAGGUUCAAGUCGAACCUAUCAUACCUAAUUCUUCUGGAAGAAGUACUACUGAAGAUAAUCAUGAGCUAGGAACAAAUACAAGUGAAGUUACUGACGGUUUAUUGCCUCAAGCUUCAGAAGCCCUCCACGAUCCCAAAUCUCCUUCUUCAUUGUCACCUACCAAUUCAGGUUCCACACAAGGAACAGGUGGUGGAGCUUCGCAUGUGGAGCCUGGCAAUAGUGAUCAUCCUCAGGAUGCAGGGAAUCAAGUGACUGACGACAGUAAACGAGAGAACCCGCAUACUACUGAUAACGAACUGAAGAAGAAGGAAAGACGCAGGACAAUGCGAAUAACUCGCACACCACUUCUUCUCCUUCUGAAACCAAUACAAAUAAUUCGGAACCUCAUCAACCAAGUCCUUCACAGGACCAGACACCCGUUACACAAGAUUCUCAAUCAAACACCAACACAAGGGAGUCCAAUAAUGCGGAACCCACGAACACUGACACUCCCAAUACACCCAAUAAUGAUGAAGAAUCAACCACCAUCACAACACUUCCUCCUGAACUCACAAACAACAAGAAGGGUGAUGCAGACAGCAGCAGCAGUAUCAGCAGUUCUGUGUGGGUGCGUAUACCACUACUGA